AUGGCAACUCAGGAUUACCACGAGCCAAGCUUGGCUGAGCUUCAAUCAGAAUUGGACAUGUUCCCACAGCUGUUUAUACUAAGUGAUAAGGCGGCAAUCUACCUCACGCCGACUCACACGCUUCUGAAAGAAGAAUGUUCCAGGCUAUUUUCCAAGACAUCCUUCUUGACGCCCAGUGAAAUUUUUCUCACUCUUUCCUUGCGUUCGUAUGAUGAGCCAGAAGCCUCUUUUGCAUUAUACCGUGUUAUCCUUCGCACCCGCGGCGAGAGGUUCAUCGAAAAGGAGCCUGAAGGUCUCACCAAGAUUGUUAAGAGCCUUGGUAAUAAAAUUUCAGUGCUUUUACCGGACAUUUCCAACGACCCUAUCCCGGCCAUUCUGGAAAGCAUCGCUCCAUCUUUCGAUGAUCAUGACACCACCCGAAAUUGGGUGCUUGAACUUUCUGUGAAUGGAAUCCCUCGGAAGUUUAAAGCACCACUAGGAACGUUAUCUCAUUAUUUUACCAAUAAUUGUUGA